AUGUGCCACUUUCAGGUCUCCUCACACUGCUGGUGUGUUUCAUUUUGUCAUAGGGUGCUGGCAGAUUACGGGCCUCCCAUAGCUGCUGCCAGGCCCCUAAUCUGCCAUGGGCCCCUGUACCGCCUCCUCACGCUGCUGCCAGGUCCACAGUGUGUCAUGGGUCCCUGUACCGCCUCCCAUUGCUGCUAUCUCCAACGCCACACUCUGCCAUGUGCCACUUUCAGGUCUCCUCACACUCCUGCUGGUUUCCAUUUUGUCAUAGGGUGCUGUAUGGCCUCCCAUUGCUGCUGCGCUCCACCGCCACACUGUGGCUCCAAACACUGGUUUUGGCCCCGUGACUGGCCAAAUGAGUGAAGUGUGCAGUGAUUCUAAGAUCGACGGCACUCAUCUGCAUGUCAUACUGACUGACAGUAUUAUUUCUCUUCCCCAGCAGACUCCAAGGGCAUUUAAAUUAAAGGUACAGUGUUCUGCACUAAUAUAA